AGGAAGCCCCCUUAUUAACCACAGCGUGGUGAUUGAUGGCAGCUAGCUCGCACCCCUCCCGUCUCCUGUGUCGACAGCAGAUCCUCCUCCAGCCUCUUUAAACUGCUUUCACCGCCACACAAAACGACAUUUUGGGGGUUCGGUCUCAAGCUCUUCGUCCUCACACCCCUCGUAUCUCCCUGUAUGUUUCGGAGGAUAUUUCUUUUCUAACGUAGCGUUUGGAAUCGAAACCAAACACAGACGGAGCUGUGUUUUAGGCUACUUCAGUGGGCGGAUAAAGCGGAGGAGGGCAUCCGGGCCUGGCUGCUCCGGAGAGUUGGCUUGAAACCAGGGAAUUCACCAUUUUCAGGCCGUGCGCUGCCCUGCGAUGGAGAAGAUGAAGAGGAUUAAGAAGCGCCUGUCGUUAACACUCCGCUCCAGUCAGACCAUCGACGAGUCGCUGUCUGAACUGGCCGAGCAGAUGACCAUCGAGGAUGGCGGCACCAAGGACAAUGAGCCCUUCAUGAGGAACGGCCGCCCCCCCACCUCCCACAGCAUGCACUCCUUCCUGCACCAGUACACCGGCUCCUUCAAGAAGCCUCCGCUCCGCCGGCCGCACAGCGUCAUCGGCGGCUCCCUGGGGUCCUUCAUGGCAAUGCCACGCAACGGUAGUCGUCUUGAUAUUGUGCACGAGAACCUGAAGAUGGGCUCCGAUGGGGAGAGCGACCAGGCAUCGGGAACGUCUUCAGACGAGGUGCAAUCUCCGACUGGUGUCUGUCUGAGGAACCGCAUGCACCGGCGGAUCUCCAUGGAGGACCUCAACAAGCGCCUGUCGCUGCCCGCUGACAUCCGAAUCCCCGACGGUUACCUGGAGAAGCUGCAGCUCAGCAGCCCGCCCUUUGACCAGCCGCUCAGCCGGCGCUCCCGCAGAGCCUCGCUGUCGGAGAUUGGUUUUGGCAAGUUGGAGACGUACAUUAAGCUGGACAAACUGGGAGAGGGAACCUACGCCACAGUAUUUAAAGGACGCAGUAAGCUGACGGACAACCUGGUGGCACUGAAGGAGAUCCGGCUGGAGCACGAGGAGGGAGCGCCAUGCACCGCCAUCAGAGAAGUGUCGUUACUGAAGGACCUCAAACACGCCAACAUCGUGACGCUUCACGACAUCGUCCACACCGACAAGAGCCUCACGCUCGUCUUCGAGUACCUGGAUAAGGACCUGAAGCAGUACAUGGAUGACUGUGGAAACAUAAUGAGCAUGCACAAUGUGAAGGUCUUCCUGUUCCAGAUUUUGCGAGGGCUGUCGUAUUGUCAUAAGAGGAAAGUUCUCCACAGGGACCUGAAGCCCCAGAACCUCCUUAUAAAUGAGAAUGGAGAACUUAAACUGGCUGAUUUUGGUCUGGCGAGGGCCAAGUCUGUCCCGACAAAAACCUACUCCAACGAGGUGGUGACUCUUUGGUACCGGCCCCCCGAUGUCCUCCUGGGAUCCUCUGAGUAUUCAACACAGAUCGACAUGUGGGGUGUCGGUUGUAUAUUCUAUGAGAUGGCUGCAGGUCGGCCGCUGUUCCCCGGCUCCACCGUGGAGGACGAGCUCCACCUCAUCUUCAGGUUACUGGGUACACCCACGGAGGAGAAGUGGCCGGGAAUCUCCUCCAUCGAAGAAUUUAAAUCCUACAACUUCCCCAAAUACAAACCACAGCCGUUGAUCAACCACGCUCCCAGGCUGGAUGGCGACGGCAUCGAGCUGCUGCUGGCUUUCCUCAGAUACGAAUCUAAGAAGAGGAAUUCAGCUGAAGAGGCUAUGAAACAUUCCUACUUCAGGCAGCUUGGGACAAGAGUUCAGACACUGCCCGAGAGUGUAUCGAUAUUCACAUUAAAAGAAGUGCAGCUGCAGAGGGACCCUGGCUACAGGAACUCCUACAACCCAGAGUCAGGUAACGGCAAGAUCAACAGGAGGCAGAGCAUGCUCUUUUAAUGAAGAGGAUGAAGAAAAUGGUCUACUGCCCAGCUUUGUCAUCACUUCCCCCGCAAACCUCUCGCAUGAGCCCUCCUCCCCUCGGAGUGACACCCCCCCCCCCCUCUUACCUGCACACACACACAUGAACGUACACACACCUCUCUGAGCGAGUGACUCUGGGUUGAAUCUAUUUGGAGACUGUUUAUUUAUUGGGGGGGGGGGGUUGAAUUAUUUGCUGCUAAACUACUACUGUCUGUAUUUAACACACAGUGUGUGUGUGUGUGUGUGCGCGUGCAUGUGUGUGCGUGUGUGUACAUGAUGUGAACUCGAGACGCCAUGCACAGUUGAGCAGUCAGAAAGGUUACUGUUGUUUUUCUUCUGACUACGAUUCUCCGGCUUCGUUUGAGUUAUGAUUCCACUGAUGUUGAUGUCAACGCUGUGAUCCAAGUUGUUGUUCUUGUUGUCGUGCUCGGAGACCGAAUGCUUCAGUUUCUUCAGAUUUUUUUUUAUAAAUAUGUAUAUCUAUAUAUAUAUAUUUGUAAUUUAUGUUUUGUUUUUCUUCGAGCUUCCGUGACUGAACUUUACAACAUUUCCAGGUUUGGAAAGACUGGGACGCUAGAUGGUCUUGAUGGGGUGGGGGGGUGGGUGAGCAGAUUGUGGUAACAGUUUUAAGCUGAGGGUUAAAGAAGCACACAUAAUAGAGUCCAAUCAAACUGCGAGAACAUGAAAUCAACUUUUUUGUUCUUUUUGACCAUUCUGUCUCAGCAAUGGGACCAAAACUGAGGAGUAGGGGGAGGCAAACACAGCACAGUUGAAAGAGGAGAAAUACUGGAGCUGAACAGGAAGUUAUGUGAUGUCCCACAGGAAGCCAGCAAGCCUUCCCUUAAAACCCCUCACAAAACUGCCAGGACUUCAGUGCUUUUAAAAAAAAAAAAAAAAAAAA